GGGGGGGGAAGAGAUGUCUCCCUCCUCCGACGACUGAAGUCCGCAGCUGCGAUCGGCUUCUUUUAUUCAAUAAAUCCGUACGUUUUCGUGGCUUUGACGGCCACACAGUUUUAAAGGGGGGGGGCGUCUUCGAGAAGAGGAUCAUGUAAAUCUGUUUUUUUUCCUCCCCCCAAAAAAUAUAAUCUAAAAGCAUCUCUGGGGAGGGCGGGAAGGAAAAUGGGGGAUGCUGCAGACAUCAAGGAGAUGAGAAAGACGUUCAUUGUCCCUGCCAUCAAACCGUUUGAUCAUUAUGACUUUGCCCGAGCGAAAAUCGCCUGUAAUCUAGCGUGGCUGGUGGCCAAAGCCUUUGGGACAGAAAAUGUACCAGAAGAGCUUCGGGAACCAUUUUAUACAGAUCAGUAUGACCAGGAACAUAUUAAACCUCCUGUUGUUAAUUUGCUGCUUUCUGCUGAACUCUACUGUCGUGCUGGGAGUCUUAUUCUGAAGAGUGAUGCGGCCAAACCGCUCCUGGGCCAUGAUGCCGUUAUCCAAGCUUUGGCACAAAAAGGCCUCUAUGUGACUGACCAAGAGAAGUUGGUAACGGAGAGAGACCUGCACAAGAAACCCAUUCAGAUGAGUGCUCAUUUAGCUAUGAUUGACACCCUGAUGAUGGCAUACACUGUAGAAAUGAUCAGUGUGGAAAAGGUGAUUGCGUGCGUACAGCAGUAUUCCUCCUUCUUCCAAGCCACAGACCUUCCCUAUGACAUAGAAGAUGCUGUCAUGUUCUGGAUAAAUAAGGUAAAUGAACACUUGAAAGACAUCAUGGAGCAAGAGCAAAAAUUGAAAGAGCAUCAUAACGUAGAAACUCCAGGAGGUCAAAAGUCUCCUUCCAAAUGGUUUUGGAAACUGGUUCCUGCUCGCUACAGGAAGGAACAAGCCUUGCUUAAGCAGUUGCCCUGCAUUCCAUUGGUUGAAAAUCUGUUGAAGGAUGGUACAGACGGCUGUACUUUAGCUGCCCUGAUCCAUUUUUACUGCCCAGAUAUAGUCAGAUUGGAGGAUAUCUGUUUGAAGGAAACAAUGUCAUUGGCUGAUAGCCUGUAUAAUCUGCAGCUGAUACAGGAGUUUUGUCAGGAGUACUUGAACCGAUGUUGCCAUUUCACACUUGAAGAUAUGCUCUAUGCUGCUUCUUCAAUAAAGAGUAAUUAUUUAGUGUUCAUGGCAGAACUCUUCUGGUGGUUUGAAGUGGUAAAGCCUUCAUUUGUCCAGCCUCGAGUUGUGGUUCAUCCUCAAGCUGAAACUCCAAAAGAACCAUCCUCUAUUCUUUCUGCAAAUGCCAGUAGAAGAAACUAUCCAGAUGUUUCACCAAGUUCUGACCUGACACCUAGUGUAGAAAGUCCAGCUUUUCCACCAUCGCAUCAGAUUUCUCCUGCUAGUCGCACUCCCCAACAGCCUUAUUCAUUUGCUCCAGCAGGCAGCAUUAGAAGAUCUACAUCUAUGUCUUAUAUGGAUGGAUAUGUAGGAACAUGGCCCAAAGAAAAAAGAUCUUCAGUGCAUGGAGUUUCAUUUGACAUUUCCUUUGAUAAAGAAGACAGCAUCCGCAUGACGCCUUCCAACAGAGGAAUGACCCGAUCUCUCAGCAAUGAAGGACUGGCACAAAAUGCUAGCCGUUUGCCGAGACAUGUUAAAAAGAGCAUGGUCUUCAAACCUGUAAAUGGUGAAGAGGAAAGCGAAGAUAUUGAAGAAGAAAAAGAUGUUGAAAUGUGCAGUGAUUUAGAGGCCAAUAGCAAUCAAAGAAACGCAAACCAAAUUAGCCCAUACAACCUACCAAAUGGAGCCCUGCAAAACAGAUUGAUUACUGAUGAGUUUGGUAAUCAGAUUGAGGCCCCAAGCAUUGAGCAGGCAUUACAGAUUAUCCAUGACAAUGAGAAAUCUUCCAGUGUUACUCAGCCAGAGCAAUUUACAAAUGGGUUUUUCCUACACAACAAGGAGAUCAGUCUCCUGAACUCAAAUAGAAAUCCCAAUCAGGGCAGUCCUGACAUUAUCGCAGAUACAAAAAGUGCCCUCAGUCCUGUGACUGACAAUACAGAAGUGGAUACUGGAAUCCAUGUUCCUUCAGACAUUCCAGAGACAAUGGAUGAGGAUUCUACCUUGAGAGAUUAUACGGUGAGUCUGGACUCUGAUAUGGAAGAACCAUCCAAAUUUUUGCAUGAAUAUGAUAGCAGAGGUGUGAACCAUAAGGAACAAGUAAGUCCUUGUCCAAGCUCAGUUAGUGCCAAAUCACAAGCGGGCAGCAGUGCAUCGUCGAGUUCAGGAGUUAAAAUGACCAGCUUUGCAGAGCAGAAAUUUAAGAAAUUGAAUACAGAUAGCAGAAGUAGUGGAAGCAGUUCUCAGAAAACCACCCCUGAAGGCUCUGAGCUGAAUAUUCCUCACAUUGUUUCUUGGGCUCAGAUACCAGAGGAGUCCCCUCUCCCUCAGGGAAGAGACACAACCCAUUUGCUGGCCUCUGAAAUGGUGCAACUGAAAAUGAAGCUGGAAGAGAAGAGGCGAGCAAUUGAGGCCCAGAAGAAGAAGGUUGAGGCUGCUUUCACUAAGCAGAGACAAAAAAUGGGAAGAACAGCGUUCCUCAAUGUUGUCAAGAAGAAAAGUGAAGGAAUUUCUCCCCUUAGAGAAGAGGCUGCCGGAGCAGAGGAUGAGAAGGUGUUCACCGACAGCAAUAGGCCAAAAGAAAAAGAAGCCCAGAAGCCAGGAGAACAGCUAAACAAAACGGUGGCAACGAUAAAAGCAAGCACAGAAACACCACAGGCUAAGUGGCUGAAGUAUCCAAGCACCCCAGUUGAUCCUGAAAAGCAAUGUAAUUUGGUCAGCCCCUCUGAAGAAAACUUAAAUGAAGGUGACCUUUUGGAAUAUACAAAAUCUAUUGAGAAGCUGAAUGCAUCUCUUAAUUUCCUUCAGCAAGAAAUGCAACGCCUCUCACUUCAACAAGAGAUGCUAAUGCAGAUGAGGGAGCAGCAAGCUUGGGUUAUCUCGCCACCUCAGCCUUCUCCCCAGAAGCAAUUUCGGGAGUUCAAGCCUUCAAUGAGGCCUGCAGGGUCAGCUUCUCCUGUCACCCCAUUUUCAGUGGAGUCUCCUCGACCUUCCCACCAGUCCCCACAGUCGUCUUCUAGGAAGAAUUCUUCUCUCCCCAGUAAAGUACAAAGGACUCCUAGGCCGAAUGAACUGAAAAUAACACCUUUGAAUCGCACUUUGACUGCCCCACGGUCUGUGGAUAGUCUUCCUCGUUUGAGAAGAUUCUCUCCAAGCCAGGUAUCCAUUCAGACGAGAUCAUUUGUUUGCUUUGGUGAUGAUGGCGAACCUAACCUUUUGAAGGAGGCCAAGACUACGACAGAAGAGGUUACUGAUAGAGAAGAAGUGGGUGAAAAGGAAGAAGUGAAAAAAGAUGCAGUGGAGCAAAAUUCAGAGGAGGAGCUGAUCAGACCUGUGGAGUCUACAGUGUCUGAAGUACUGUCACAGCCCAUUACUGAGACUGUCUGCCUUACUCCAAGUGAGGAGCCUCCGAAGCCACCAGCAUUGCCAGUGCCUGCAUCUAAAUCUGGUAGUCUCAUAGAAGUUUCCCUCACAGAUUUAAAACCAUCAGAAAAAUCAGAGGAUUCUCUUGAGAAAUCAGAGGGCGAGAGUGACAAAGAACAGGUGGAGGAUGACCAAAAAUUGUGUUGUGGAUUCUUUUUCAAGGAUGAUCAAAAGCCUGAAAAUGAUAUGGCAGUGAAACGGGCAGCAUUAUUGGAGAAGCGACUGAGAAGGGAAAGAGAAACUUUGCUUCGAAAACAGCAACUGGAAGCAGAGUUGGAAACUAAAAAAGAAGAAACAAAGAGGAAGUCUGAAGAAGAACGUCAGAAAAAGGAAGAUGAAAGAGCGCGUCGUGAGUUCAUUAAACAAGAAUACAUGAGACGGAAGCAGCUGAAACUCAUGGAAGACAUGGAUAUUGUCAUAAAGCAUCGCCCCCAUUCAUCCAAACAUAAGAAGCCACGUCCCAAAUCCAUUCACAGAGAUCACAUUGAGUCACCCAAAACUCCAAUCAAAGGUCCUCCAGUAUCCAGCCUUUCACUGGCAUCACUAAACACAGGAGAUAAUGAAAGUGUGCAGUCAGGAAAGAGAACUCCAAGGUCAGAAUCUGUGGAAGGGUUUGUAUCUCCAAGUCGUUGUGGGAGUCGCAAUGGUGAAAAGGACUGGGAAAAUGCAUCAACCACCUCUUCAGUGGCUUCUGCUACAGAGUAUACAGGACCAAAGCUUUUUAAAGAACCCAGUGCAAAAUCCAACAAGCACAUCAUCCAGAAUGCCCUAGCUCAUUGUUGCUUGGCUGGAAAAGUGAAUGAAGGUCAGAAGAAUAAAAUAUUAGAGGAAAUGGAGAAAUCAGAUGCCAACAAUUUCCUCAUUCUCUUCCGGGACUCAGGCUGCCAGUUCCGAUCGUUGUAUACGUACUGCCCUGAAACUGAGGAAAUCAGUAAGUUGACAGGAAUAGGCCCCAAGUCCAUCAGCAAGAAAAUGAUUGAAGGGCUUUAUAAGUACAAUUCUGACAGGAAGCAGUUCAGCCACAUACCCGCGAAAACGCUCUCCGCCAGUGUCGAUGCAAUCACCAUUCAUAGCCAUUUGUGGCAGAGCAAGAGACCAAUGACACCGAAAAAACUCUUACCCACAAAGGCAUAGUACCUUGCGGUAGGAGGUGGGGAGCCUUGCCGAAGACCUUUGUGGCAAACGUGCACUUUUUAUUUGCUGCCUAUCCGAAAAUAGGUUCCUAUUUGCCAACAAGACUUCUUUGACCUUCAGUCUUCAAGAACAAGCUCUGUUGUCAUGCACAACUGGAAUGUACACACAGUAUUGGAGACUUGUGGAAAACUCACACUUAGGUGAUCAUGCAUUCAUCUUCUCAUGCAAGAUGAGUGACAGGUGUAAAUGGGUAUGUGCUUACACACAUAUAGGAGUUUAUUUCUUCUCCGUUCUAAAACACUGAAUAUUGAAUGUUUGCAAUUCUGUAGUGACUGAAAUUAAAGCUUUUUUUUAACGUUUAUUGCCUUAUACUUUGGUUUGUUAUGGUUGCUUUGAAAUUUGCUUGUGCUCUUUAUAACUUUACUGGAGAAAUGUGUGGUCUUUAUUUUCCAUACUGUUAAAUUCUUAGUGCCCUACGUAUAGGAAAGGGUACAAGUUUUUAUGCAAAGAAAUGAGAGUUUGUUCCUUCUUUUCCAGCUCUCAUUCACUUCAAGAGAAAGUUCAGGAAAGCUGCUGGUUCAGAAUACCCAGAAUUAAAUGUUGCUAGCAUGUCUUAAAUUCUGACAUGACAUGUCUGUCAUUUCUUGUUCUACAAGAAAGCUUAUUGUUUAAAGGGGGUAUAAUUACAUUUAAAAAUCUGCCAUGGUCCUGAUCCAUGGAAGGAUAAAGUAGGAUCUCCAUAUUAACUGGUGGGUCCCCACCCCAUUUGUUUCUUUUUGCCAGGGGUCCUCCCUGUAGUCCUCCCCAAACUGCUAUUUAAAAAGUGUGCUGAGUAGCUAAUAGUAUGGGGAUGCUAUUAUGAUAUGAAAAUACACACAAGCAAAACAACAUCACUGAUCCCCAUACAUAUAAAAGAGAAGAUCAGAUCAGGACUUACACGUUGCUUCCAUUUCAGAAUCCUGAAUAAAACAUUAUUAACUCUGCUAAAGCUAUACAAUUCACAUGAGUCCUUCUAAUACAAUUUAUCUAGGUAUAUGUAUUACCGUAUAUAAAUUUUAUUUGGAUAUUUCAUCAGGAUGCUAACCCAGCAUUUGGACCAAAGUAGAUUUUUUUUCUUGACACUUAAAAGAAUGGAUGUAUUUUUAUUUUAACAAAAAAACUGUAUUAAUUAGCAUACAUAACGUUUUGAGUGUGCUGAAACCAUGAAUGGCAUGCAUCUACAAGAUUAUAGCAACACAAGUUAAUUGAAAUAAUUAGAGUAUAUUCUCAGUAUUUAAAAAGGGCUGCACAUUUGAUUAGGUUAGAAAAGCCAUUUCUGUUUAGCUCUGCAUUGUUUUUUAAGGAUUCUAUUCAAUAGAAUCAUUGUGGCUACUGAAAAGUUUCAGCAGAUGAAGAUGUUCAAACUUGAAACCUUUCCUUAUUUUUCUGGUUGCUUUUUUUGACAUUUGUGCACCAGAAGAUUUAGUUAGGGGUGGGAGGGAAAUUGGUAGAACCUCAUUCUCAGGAAAAGACUUGAAUAACUGAUAAAUGUGUUCCGUUUCAGUGUUGUAAAAAGUGUUGGAACUUAAAGACGGUGUUGAAAUACCUGUCUCAAGUGUAUACUUUAUUAUGUACCCCACACAGGAGAAAGUUAAGCAAAAAAGAACAAAAGACAACUCCGUGCACUUCUCCCGUUGAACUGCUUGAUUUGGAGAAGUAGUAUUUCACUACAGUGUGCUUGUGUUCUUUAUAUAGAAGAUGUACAGGAAUGGGAAGUCCUUAAAUAAUUUAGAGAACAGUACUUUUUUAAAUUAUUAAAAGGCCUUAGGCAUCAAUGCAUCUGGAUUGUUUAUCAACACUUUCUCAGAAAUGCAUUCAAUAUUUUACUGUAACUUAUGUUCUUAUAUUUAUGUAUAUUUGUUAAAACUGUAAAAAAAAUCUGUUUACUAGAGGUACGUAGCUCAAACCUAUUUGUGGCUAGCUGAUUCCUACUGUUUGCAUGUACAUGGACCAGGCUAUCUAAACCACCUUCUAUUCUAGGCUUCUCCUCCUGUGAAUGAUAUAGGGAACAUUUAUGGCACACCCAUGUAAACAUACAUGUAAGAUUUGAAAAAGAAAACCUGGCUCAAAUGCAUCUGUAGCUGGUGGAAAGGUGCUAGGACAUAAAUUGAAUAGACAAAAGCAGAAAUCACAUGAAAGGAUGUAUAAUUAAACUAUUCUUGCUAAAAGAGAAAUGUAAUUUUAAAAUGUGUACCAUCUACUGAUUCAUGUAUGCCUGUCUACGCAGGGUGUGUUCUGAAAUGCCACAACAGAGGAUGUUGUUUUAAAUUAUUGAAUGUAUUGUGAUUUUUGCCUACAGUUCAGAAAAAGGCGUCUGUGCAAUGUCUAAAGGUAGAAUGUGAAGAAUGCAGUUACAGAUUAAGACACAUGGGCUUGGAAUUUUACUGCAUACUAGGAAAACAAGGACAAGGGAUUUUUUUUCUUUUAUGCUUUCAAUUUUUCUAAUGACAGUACAUCUUCGUUUGGGAUCUUGUUUAGGAGAAAGACAAGCCUUUUGUGAAGAAGCCUGGUGUUUCUCAGUGACAUUAUCGGAACACACUGGUGGUUUCAUCAGAGCUGUGUUGUUUUUAUUGUUUAUAUUGCAAAAUUUGCCAAACAUCCUAAUUUUCCAGGCCAGGUAUUCAAACUCUGACAGUCAUUGUGGCUACUGAAACCAUUUUUGGAUGACUGUUAGUUUUAAAUUCUUUGGCUGUUUAAAGCCAAAUGCUGUUUGUUUAUUAUUUUAUGGGCACCGUCCAUUGAGAAAUGUACAGUGUCUUGUGUGCUUACAUGUCCACUUUUGUGGAGUAUUGCUACCUUGUUUUUUUCCCUCCAGAGGCUGUGCUGUACAAUAAUUGUCCUAUAGCUGCUUACCUAGUACAGUGUAGUUCUUCCCUUCCAUCUAAAUAAAAAAGCAUGGCACCAAA